AUGGAAAAUAAAAAUAAUCUUUUAAAAGUCGAAUCUGUAGGCGUUAAAUUACAAAAAAAUGAAAAUUCAAAACAAACCUAUACCUCAAAGUUGAAAAAUAUUGAAAAAAAGUUCAAAAAGAAUAAUAAAGAUAGUUCAUCCAGUACCUUAAAAAAUAAUCUACACAAUAACAAUGUCAAUUGUAAAAAUAAAAAAUAUAAUAAGGCUCAAAGAGAUAUAACACCAUGUCGUGAUCAAAAAACAAAGACAAAUGAAAUUCUCAAUAAAGCGCAUAUAGAUAUAAAAAAAAAAAAGAAACAUGUUAAUAAUAAUAAUAAAAAUAAUGAAAAUAAAAUUAUAAAAAUAAAAAGUGAUGAUAAUUAUCUUAACGAACUUGUAAAAAAAGAAGAUACAUACACACAAUAUGUAGAACAAGAAAGAAUCCAAAAUAAUAAUAUGAAUACACAUUAUAAUAAUAAUAUUCCACAUCUACAAUAUAAUAAACAAGAACAUCUUACUCAAGCCGAUCAAAUAAUAGAUACAUCAGAUCAUGAUAUAUAUAACACACAUAUUAUAGAACACUACAAAGAAAUCAUAAAACAAGAAGUUGAAGAAAAAAAAAGGAAAAAAAUACAAGAAAUAAAAGCAAAGCUAAUAAAAAAAGCAACAUAUAAAAAUGCUUAUACUCAAGUUGUUCUUGAUGAUUUUACAAAAUAUUACGAAAAUAUUAAACCAGCUAUCGAAAAGAUUGUGCAGGAUGUAUCAUAUAAAGCCCUCAAAAAAAUAUAUGAAGAACGUGAAUUAGAAAAAAUUAAAAAUAAUAUUGAUUUUUAUGAAAACAUAAGAAAUGAAAAUUAUAAAUCUCUUCAAGUGUGUAAAGAAGAGAGUGAAGCCUUUAUUCAAGAAACGAAAAAAAGAAUUAAAGACAGAGCCAAACUUAAAAACAGUGUAGAAAUUAUCAUGAAGAAAAAUAUGGCACACACAGAGGCUCAAAAAUAUGUUCAAUAUAUUUUUCAAAAAAAUCUAGAUAUAUAUUCAGAUGAUAACUAUAUGGCAAAUAAUGUUGAGAAAUAUAUGAACUUGAUCAUCGUACCAUAUAUAAUAGAACUUAUCAUUUAUUUGAUAAAUGUAAGAAAAGAAAUUGUCCAUCACACAAUGGGAGAUAUAAUAGAACAGGCGCUUUCACCCCAAUCGGAUAUUUAUGAAAAGCUUAAAGAGUAA